AUGCCCCCUACAAGGGACCCACAUACCUCUGUGCACCCAAGACAGGGUAGCAGAAGACGCCAGAAGACAACGGUCAAUCGCAACAAUCCACCUCCCCUAUUCACCAGAGUCAGCCGCCCUCCACCACCGCCAUCCCUCCCGAUCCUUCGCAUCCCCCUCGAUCCCGAGCUAGCAACUACGGUCGAGGUCAAUGCGACACCAGAGAGAAUAGGCACCCGUUUGACGUGGACGGUGGAAAGACGCCCUGAAAGACAGAUCGGGAGAGACGACCUCAUCAUCCUCACAGCCGGCCGGAUGCGCUCCGGCAUUGGUCGGGCUCUGGAAGUAACCGAGUUCCAGAGGCACUGGAUCACAUGGUCCGUCUCAGGCGGCCCCGGUCCGUGCUGCAUCACCAUCCCAACCUCGUGGUCGAGAUUCCAGGCCCGCGAGAGAAUUCUCCACUUCCAACUCUACCAAACUCUCCCACACACUCCUGAGCCACACCCACUCUUCCGCGACGACCAAACCCUAACUCAGGGCACCGAAUAUCCGUACGAAUUCGAACAAGACCCAGAUCCAACAACAGAACCCCCUGCUCCAAACUCGCCGAUUGCGAACCUCUACACGAACUCACAGUGGGCCGAGGAGCGCCGACUGCGCUUAUAA